UGGUGGUAGUUGACAGUUGUUACCUCCCUCUUUCUGCCUGCUGGCUCCAGUAGGCUGUCUGUCUGUCUGUCUGUCUGUGUGUGUGUGUCCGCCUGGAGAAACACAAGCCUGGCAGCGACGAGGGCGGAGCUGUCCUGGCUGUCACGAAGAUAUGUUUCAUUUGAAAAACUAGCCACCACGCUAACAACUGUGUCAGUCCACAUACACACACGGCUCUGGGUUUUAACCGCGAAGACGAAGCGCCUGUUACCCCCGACCCGAGGAGAAGCAGGAUGCCGGUGAAAGGCGGAGGAAGACUGCAUUCUUACCCGAGUAGGAGCGAAAAUGUCGGAAGCUCAGGGAUGGAAGAAAUGGUGUGGGAGCAGUACUCAGUCACUCUUCAGCGGGACUCUAAGAUGGGUUUUGGGAUCGCUGUGUCAGGCGGGCGUGACAACCCCAACGUGGAUAACGGUGAAACGUCAAUCAUUGUCUCUGAUGUGCUGCAGGGAGGACCAGCAGACGGAUUACUCUUUGAGAAUGAUCGUGUCAUUCUUGUCAACUCCAUCUCCAUGGACAAUGUGCCUCAUUCCUUCGCCGUGCAGUCCCUCCGUAAAUGUGGCAAAGUGGCCAAGAUAACGGUGAAGAGACCUCGUAAGGUAGCGGUCCACUCACUGAAGCCGCCCCCCUCCCCAGGCUCAGACAGUCGGGACUACUCCCCCUCCACUCACUACUACGAUGCUGACAAUGACAACGGCUGGUAUGAAAGCCGGGACCACACCUCUGAUAGCAAAACGUUCCUGGGGCCUGACUAUAACCAGAGAGUUAGGAGCCGCGGGAGGAGCCAGGAGAGAUCCUCGCCAAGCCCCGACCGAUCCAGGAGGGAGGGGAGCCGGGGGCGAGCCCUGGACACCAGUGCGGACCGCCAGAAGCACCGAGGCAGAGGAGGAAGCCCCGCCGACAGCUACCGCCUGGAGGACAAGUAUGAGCGAGGUGAAGGAGGAGGAGGAAGAGGAGGGAGGUACAGGAGCAGGGACCAGCUUCAUGAUGAUCCUCCAUCUCCAGAACCAUCCAGAGAGCUGGAGCCACUGGAGAAACCUGUCAAUGUCCUGCUGGUGAAGAACAGACCCAACGAAGAGUACGGUCUGCGUCUGGGGAGUCAGAUCUUCAUCAAACAGAUGACCAGCACAGGCCUGGCUGCCAAGGAUGGGAACCUGCAGGAGGGAGACAUCAUUCUCAAGAUCAAUGGGACGGUGACUGAGAACCUCUCUCUGCACGAUGCUGGGAAGCUGAUAGAGAAGUCGAGAGGGAAGUUGCAGCUGGUGGUCCAGAGAGACCGCCGCCAGAUCCUGGUCCGCAUCCCCCCUCUUGCAGACUCCGACUCUGAUAAUGAUGACAUAUCAGAGAUGGAGUCAUACCAUUCCUAUUCCCCCCCAGAGGAGAGGAGGUCCCGCCAGUCUGACCUGUCCUCCCACUCCUCCAACGAAAGAGACAACCUCAGGGAAGAACCGAUGAGGACGGCCGAGAUGUCAGCCAUGGCUUCACCAUUCCGAGUACCUGAAGACCCUCAGACCUCGGCUGAGCUGGACAAAGACAUGCCACGCAUAGAGGAACCUCCAGUUACUAUAACAACCACGCCAAAGAUUCUCCUCCGACCUAGUCCAGAAGAUGAAAAAAUCUAUGGGCCAAACACAGUGAUGGUGAAUUUCCAGAAGGGAGACAGUGUGGGGCUGAGGCUGGCAGGAGGAAAUGAUGUUGGCAUCUUUAUUGCUGGUGUUCAAGAGGGCAGUCCUGCUGAAGAAGAAGGCCUCCGCAUCGGAGAUCAGAUCUUAAAGGUGAACAACGUGGAUUUUCAAGGUGUAGUGAGAGAGGAGGCGGUGCUUUUCCUGUUGGAGAUUCCUAAAGGAGAACUGGUCACCAUCCUGGCCCAAAGCAAACCUGACGUCUAUAAUGACAUCUUGGUGUCGGGGCGUGGAGACUCCUUCUUCAUCCGGACCCACUUUGAGUAUGACAAAGAGACUCCUCAGAGCCUGGCCUUCAGCCGAGGAGACAUCUUUAAGGUUGUGGACACUCUGUAUGAUGGUAAACUCGGCAACUGGCUUGCCAUCCGUGUCGGCAAGGACAAGCAGCUGCUUGAGAAAGGAAUCAUCCCCAACAAGAGCAGAGCGGAGCAGAUGGCCAGUGUUCAGAGCUCUCAUAAAGUUGUUGCUGGUGAUCGAGCUGACUUCUGGCGGUUGAGAGGCCAGCGCUCUCUGAAGAGGAAGGACCUGAGGAAGAGCCGAGAAAACCUGAGCAGUCAGACUCUGGCUACCCGCUUCCCAGCCUAUGAGCGGGUGGUGCUCAGAGAAGCUGGUUUCCGGCGUCCUGUGGUUCUGUUUGGCCCCAUCGCUGACGCUGCUAACGAGAAACUGGCCUCCAACAUGCCUGACCUCUUUAUUAUUGCCAAAACGGAGCCAAAAGACGCCGGCUCUGAGAAGUCCUCAGGAGUGGUUCGCCUCAACACCAUCCGACAAAUCAUCGAGCAGGACAAGCACGCCCUGCUGGAUGUGACACCCAAGGCAGUGGACACCCUAAACUACACCCAGUGGUACCCUAUCGUCAUCUUCUUCAACCCUGACAGCAAACACGGCAUCAAGGCCAUGAGACAGAGGAUCAUCCCCAACUCCAACCGCAGUGCCCGAAAACUCUACGAACAGGCCGUCAAACUGAGGAAGACCUGCUCUCAUUUAUUCACUGCCUCCAUAGAUCUAAACUCAGCCAAUGACGCCUGGUAUGGCAGCGUGAAGGACUCCAUCAGAGAGCAGCAGAUGCAGGCUGUCUGGGUCUCUGACGGCAAGCUGGAGGGAGUAGAGAGUGAUCUGGACUGCCAGGACGUGGAGCGUAUGUCCUUCCUGUCCGCCAUGUCCGCCGACUACCUCAGUAUGGACAGCCGGCUGACCUCCGACCUGGACGACACUGCUGAUGAGGCCGGGACUUACACUGACAACGAGCCUGAUGUGGAGACCAUGCACAUCUCUGCCAUCAGCCGCUCGUCUGAACCCGUCACAGCAGAAGAGAUCUUACGCAGAUACAGUCCAGACAUCCGGAGUCGCAUGAGGAAAUUCAGCAGUCGUGAUGUCCUCAACAGGUCCAGCCCUCCACCUGUCUUCCUUCCAGACAGCAAGGUCAAACUGUCUCUGAGGGAGGAGCAGGCCCUUAUAUCAGAUUCCACCAACCCACACCAUCACCACCGUCAACACCACCCUCCACCCCCGAGCUCCAGCCGAAGUUACGACUCUCCAUCCAGCAGCAGCCCCGCCAGCAGCAACAACGACCCUCCUCCACCCAUCUCCCGUUUAGCCGCCUCGUCCGGCCCGCCGCCUCCGCCCCCGCUUCUCCACUUCAACUCCUUCGGCAAAGCCCGGGUGGUCCAGGCGGCGCCCCAACCCCCCGCCGCACCAAAGCCCAGCAAUUGUGGGAGCACAACAGAGGUUGCAGUUCACUCGCCUCUCGCUCUGCCCAGUGGAAGCAUGGUGGCCUGUAGGAAGCAGGAGGAGGCAGCAGAGGACAGCCCUGCAGAGGACCCGUCCAUGAGGUCCUUCAUGGGGAAGAUCAAGGCCUUUGAGAAGAUGGAUCACUUUGCCCGGGCCCAACGGAUUCUGGAACUACAUGAGGCACAGAAUGCCAGGUUGGAAAUAGCCCAGAAGCAUCCAGACAUCUACGCUGUUCCUCUGAAGACAGCCAAGCUGGAUCACAGUCGCCCACAGCCUAUCGGCUCCAGCUCCCAUUCUGAACCCCGGUCUCUGUCCUCCAUGGAGGGACAGCCCUUUUACCCCAGCGAGAUGGUGGCAAAGGAGGAGGCAAUGCCAGGAUACUACACCGCCAACUCCCACCAGUACCAAGACACUGAACUGUAGGGUUAACACACAGCAGCUACGCCAGCUCUCAGCUUCCUGGACAUACAUGUACACACACGCUGCACAUGCAGUCUAUUUACACACUUACCAUUCCAUCAUGCCCUGCACAAAUCAGCUGCUGACUUUGAACUGACUCUUGCUUCUUUGAUAUCGAGAAAAAAAAAACUGCUUCUUUUUUUGCUUCAAGGAAGUCAAAACAAUCUGUACUAUCCAUUUGGAUAGGAACACUGUCUUCGCUUUACUCUUUAUGUUAUAUUUAACUGUUUCUUUCUUACGUACCUCUUUUAAUGGUCAAAACUGAGUGAUCAGGAACCACUUGUUUUCUUGCCUAUGCAACUCUUCAGUUUGUGCACAGCAACUGAAACCUAUUGCCACGAGUGUUGCCCUCACAAAACCUCAACAAACCCCAAAAAACCACAAUGCGCUUGAUCAUCUCCCCCCUUCUUUUUUAAGCUCCUGUAAUU